AUGUCUUCCAGCAAAACAACAAAGGUUCUGCCGGAGAAUUGGGAGGCGUGCGUCGAAAGUCGCAAGGCUGCGCAAAAGGCAGCAGCGGAGGAAGAGCGAGCUAUACGGCAGCAAGCGAUUGCUCAAGAAGCCAAAGGGGACCUGUCAGGCGACAAACGAGCGUUUGACAGACCGCAUACUCGUCCUGAGCCAAUUCCAACGAAGUUGCCUUUGCCGUCGAAUGAGAACGACGUGCCUGUCCCCUUGUCACUAUCUCUCAAUGACGAUUUCACCGACGAAUCCCCGAUAUCCAGCAUUUCAAGGCUGCAAGAAGAGCUCAGAAGAGAAAGGGAUCAGCAUGCCCUCUGCCAGGAAAAUCUCCGUGAUGCCGAGUCAAGAAGGGACAAACUGGAGAACGACCUCGAGGUGGCGAGGCGCGAACUUGAGCUCGCGACCGAGGCAGUCCAUGAGAAAGAGUAUGAGAGGCAUCUAAAAGUGAGAGACCGUCUUAAGGAGCAGUUGAAAGAUGUCCGGGGAGAAUGCGAUGAGCUGCGCCGGCAAAGGCGGGAGUUAGAAGCCCGAAUCGACGAGCUCGAGAAAGAGAAUCGGCGGAUGAACCAGCUGGGCCAGAAGAUCCAAGGAGAGCAUGAACCAUUGACGCAAAAAGAUGUUAACGUGAAGGAGAGCUUGAAGAAAGAAUCUCUGCAGUCGGCGCCGUCGUCUUCCCGACAAUCGAAGAAGACGAGUGGGAGGAAAGUCCGCCCCAAGCCGCGCAUGGUUGAACGCAAAGGUGUUCGACUCUUGUUGUAUCCUGCGGCAACAUAG